GUCCGUCGGUUAUAUGCUGUUUACACUAAAGGGUUGUACACGUGUGUAUUGUUUGUUUUUAAAUCUCGUCAGUGUUUCUGUUCUAAUUUCAAACGCGAUGAACCACGCGAUUGCCGUGCUGUUGGCCGUCUCGGUGGCGUUGGCCACGUGCACCGCCGCCGACUCAUCGACCGACAAGCCGCGGGCCGACGGCGACGAUCACAAGGCGGACCGGAAGCAGAAACGCGGCGUGUGGGGUCUGGGAUACGGCGGCGGAUUCUACGACGAGGGCCCGAGCUACGGCACGCUGGGCGGCUACGGUCUGGGCAGUUCCAUUGGUUCCGGUUUCGGAGGAUACGGUUACGCGCCGCGCCACUUCCCCACGCACGUGCACACGGCCACGACGAUUACCAAGAGCGUGCCAGUGCCGCAACCGUACCCGGUGACCGUCGAGAAGCACGUCCCGUACCCGGUGGCCGCCCCGUACCCGGUCGAGGUGCCGAAACCGUACCCGGUGGCCGUUCCCAAGCCGUAUCCAGUGGCCGUCGAAAAGCCGUAUCCCGUGCACGUGGACAGGCCGUACCCGGUGCCCGUGCCUCAUCCGUACGCCGUACCCGUGGUCAAGCACGUCGGCGUACCGGUGCCGCACCCGUACCCGGUCGAGGUCAACCGGCCGUAUCCCGCGCUGCCGCUGCCCUACCACAGGCCGCUGUACUCCGACCACGACCUGUGGUAAACCGCGGGUAACCGCCCAGCGACUUGCGCACACUUGUCCGCUGUACAUAAUAUAUACCCGUCUACACACGUCAUCUACGGAAUUGGCGUCUUUGCCAUACAUAAUGCCAUUGGACUUAAAUACAUGUAAUGGAUUCAUAUAAUUAACCAUGAACAACUAUACUACUCAAACAUAUACGUAAACAUCAUGUAAACUUUUUUCACGCUGACCACCUACGGACCACUACCAUAAUGUAUCAAAUGUCAACGACCCUUCUGAUGCUUCCACAUAUUUUCUUUCCCGGUUUCCGCAUUGUUUUGUUUUUUUUUUUUUGUUUUAUGUCCAUAGAUUUAUGUCUACAAGUAAACGUUGUGUAUAUAUUAUAAUGUAAAAAUAUUGUUUUAUUAAUAAAAUUUUUGUGUACUGUAAUUUAUACGAAUCUAUAAUAAUGUUAUUGUAGUAUGUAAAACAUAGUACGUAAAUGAAAACUUAAAUCAUAUUUGUGACGAGCGUUAUUUCAAAAUGUAAAAUUAUAUACCGAUUAUUAUAA